AUGGGCAAGCAGCAGCGGUCCAGCAGGAUCAGAACAGCACGUCUCGCUGCAUCUGGAUCAGCACAACAGCAGGGGCAAGCAGCCCGAGCUGCGCACGCUACCGCCAAGCCAGGCAAGGAGACGAAAGAAAUUCCAUUGCUACUCGAAAAGUUGGUGGAUGACGAUCUCGAUGAACGCCUUGGGGCACUGCAGAGCUUGACGGCAACGCUCGCAACGGCAAGCCAAUCUGCUCGACGACUCUUGCUCGGCAAGAAUGUCGUCGGCCAUCUCAUCCUCCGACUGGGUGGCAAGCCAGCAGGCAAAGCUGCACUACUGCUACCGGAUGCCUCCAAGGGAGAAGGUGCUCAGCCAGAAUCGAAUCAGCAAGUCAUCAUGGAGGCUUGUGGAGCCUUGCGCAAUUUAGCCAUCUCGGGCUCCACUGAGCGAGGCUCGUCCGAAUGGGACACGCUAGGCGAGAUGUAUAACAAAGGAGUUGUUCCGCCACUUCUCGCUCUGCUAUCGACAUUGUUGGUCUACCUGCGGCAGUUUCGCGCAGAUGAUCCGCCACUGCAAAACGGCGCGGCAGAAGCCUUGCUGGCCAUCAAAGAGGGCUACUGGGACUGGACCGACAAUGUACUCACGCUCAUCUGGGCGCUAGCGGAGACAUCCACAAAGAUCCACACGGCCCUGUCUGCUUCGCCCGCGCUAUCCGACUUCCUGCUUGCAUACUUGCCCUUGAGCUCACUCGACGGAACCUUUACGACUCGGACGCCCAUCAAUAUUGCCGUCGUAGCAGCCCAAGCGCUUCUGACGCUCAGCGAGGACAAUACCGGCUUGAUCAUACCUCGCACCAGCUUGCCCAAUAUGCUCGACGUCAUUGCGAGCCAGCAUGUCCCGACUCCAUCUGACGAAGAGAAUAGACUACUCUUACGCGUCUUGCUCAUAGGCAUUGUCAAGAAUGUAGCUCACCCAAAAUCAGAUCACUGGCGUCGUUUGCUAGAUAUCGCGCCGCUAUUCCUGGUCAAGCUACUAGAUACAGAUAUAUCUGCGCUGGCGCCGAGCAGCCAGCGCCUCUCCACGCUACAGAUCGGCCUCGAGAUGCUCACAGAGCUCGUCGCAUGCAUUGACGGCUUUGAUGAGCCUGAAGCGCCCCUUGCAGCUUCGAGCGGGAUGGACGAGGAUGUGGACGAGGCAGAAGAGGAUGAUGAGGUCCCGGCGGAGAUCGGUGAAGAGAUGAUGCUAGAUGAAGACGUGCAACUCGAUGAAGCUUCAACCAGUCUUUUUGCCGAGCUACCGGCCAAACUCUUGGCGCUCGCGCGAUUGUCUCCGCUGCAGCAGAAUGGAUCGUCAUCUACUCAGCUCAUUGCCGCGGGUGCGACUACACCAAACGGUGACGAUGUACUCCAGCUUGUUCACCUGCGCGCUCUUGAAUGCCUCAACAAUGUUUUGCUCACACUCGGCCGUCAAGGCGCACGUGCGGCUGCGUUCGUCUCGUCCAACGCGAAAACACUUCAAGCGACAUGGAAUACUCUUUUCGAGCUUGUACUCACCUUUGGCGCUCAACACGAGCCGGGCAAGGGCAAGGCAAAGCAGAGCGAAGGCGAUCUCGCAAAUGAAGAUUGUCUGGCAGCAACGAUCAACUGCAUUUGGGCACUCGCUCGCAUAGGUCUAUCUGAUGCGUCUACACUUUCUGUCGGGCUGCAAGAACAUCAGGUCUUGCUCGCACUGGUCGAUGCGACUCCUGCUGCUACUCCGGCAUUACAGACCGCCUGCGUCGGCGCUCUCGGCUGUCUUGCCAUGCGUUCGCAAGUCUCUGUCGACGAGAAUAGGGCAAUCGCAACUUCUCUGAUGGGCUGGCUGGCCUUCAUCUCGCCAGAUUAUGUGAACAAUGACGACAGAUUCGACAUCGCGCUUCAGUCGCUAGACAGCCUGCUCGAUGUAUUUGCCGAUGAAACACGCGAUUAUGACGUGCCGGUUUUCCGUCUAGCAGGCGCUCUACCUCGCUUCGAGGCUGCGCAGAAAAGCCUGAAAGGCCUCGUGAAGCGGAUCGAUAAGCGCAAAGCCUCUGUGCUGCGGCAAAAGGCCGAUGCCGCCUUGAUCAAUUUGAACGCCUUUGUUGCCUAUCGUCGGCAGUUCAAGUAA